ACGAGGCCUCACAACUGCUCAAUUUCAAAGUCACUCAUUAUGGUGGACGGGACCACCUUGGCUAAUCAAUCCAGAUUCUUGGCCGUCACAACCUGCAAUCGCUGAAGAGUCGAGCGCAAUUGAGGCAGGUGUCUCACUAAUUGCAGCUGCACUAAAACCUGAUUAUCACUGGGACAUCAUCUACAAGUACUCCACUCUCAAUAAAUUAUUGAGAAUUACAGCUCUUUGUUUCAGAUUCAUCUCACGGGUGAAUAAGAAUCACGAUUCAAUGUCAAUCAUGCAAGUAUCAACCAUGGCUUUGGAGAAGGCAAAACUCUUUUGGAUCAAGGCAACUCAAGCGGCAUACUUUUCUUACGAACUCAAGGCGUUACAGUCAAAUUCACCAUUACCGAAGACACAUGCAUUCAGCCGAUUGACUGCAUAUAUCGACGCUCAAGGAAUCAUCCGAGUCAGUAGACGACUCGCUCACUCAUCUCUCUCACCUGAUGGCAAACAUCAUGCGAUUUUGCCUCGCCACUCACAUGUCACGUCUCUGGUCAUCGCUCACUCUCAUCAACGAACUUUACAUGGAGGCACUCAACUCACGCUCACACAUAUCCGACAGACCUUUUGGAUCCUCGGCGGGAGAGCUCCUGUAAAAUCAUACAUCUUGCAGUGUGUCGCGUGUGCUCGACAGAGGGGGAUCCGUGCUCAUCAAUUGAUGGGCCAACUACCUCUCUCAAGAGUUACGCCGUCACGCCCAUUUACUCAUACGGGGAUGGACUACGCCGGGCCACUCACCAUCAAAACUUGGAAGGGUAGAGGUGCAAAAGAUCAUAAGAGCUGGAUCUGCGUUUUCGUGUGCUUCUCAACAUCGGCAGUACAUCUAGAGGCAGUCAAUGACUAUUCGUCUGACGCAUUCAUUGUUGCCUACCGACGGUUUUCAUCCAGACGCGGCAUCGCUCACGCACUCUAUUCGGAUUGCGGAACGAUCUUUAUCGGAGCAGAUCAACAUCGCUUAAGCGACUGUUCGUUCAGAGUUCUCAAGAACAUCAACAGGUCACCAAGAUGCUCGCUCAAGACAGCACGCGAUGGGAAUUCAACCCACCAGCAACUCCACAUAUGGGGGGAAAGUGGGAAGCAGUGGUAAAAUCAACUAAAUACCAUUUACGACGUACCAUCGGCGAGACUCAGCUCACCUUUGAAGAGCUCACCACGUUACUCAGUCAAAUAGAGGCCAUUCUCAACUCACGGCCCCUUGAACCGUUGAGUGAUGAUCCAGAUGACGUCUCAGCUCUUACCCCAGGUCAUUUUCUCAUCGGAAAUCCACUCACAACAAUACCAGAACCAUCUCUUGACGACCUGGCGGUCUCACGACUCUCACGAUGGCAGUUCAUUCAACAACGAGUGCAACAAUUCUGGUCACAAUGGUCAGCUCAUUACCUUCAACGCCAACAAUCAAUUUUUAAAUGGCACCAUAAGAAUAACGACAUUAACAUCGGCUCAUUGGUGCUCAUUACUGGGUGACCUCCUUUUGGACACGUAACGAUUGGACACCGCUCGAUUGGACACGCACGAUUGGAC